AUGGCAUCGCCAGACUCAUUCCUGGAUGUGGAGCAGCGGAAUCGCUUGCCCACACUUUUUGAGGUCCUCAGUCGCCGUACCCUGGCUCCGGUUGAUCUCUUCUCAUUCUACAUUUACAUGCGCGACCAGCAACGCUCUGUGGAUUAUCUGGAUUUCUGGCUCGAUGUCUCCCAACAUAUGUCCCUGUGCCGUCACUAUGUCCGAGAGCUUCGCCGUUCUGUCCUCGUUGCGACACCGGACCCGGAGAGGGCCGACAGCAAGCGCUCAUCGGCAAUGUUGGAGAACCUGGAGAACUUGGGCGACAUUCCGCUAGUGGAGGCUGGUCCCUCCCGUCUGCGCCACAAUGAAAAGGACCGCGAUGCCGACCACCGCUUGUCUGCUUUCCUUCGCUCCGACGGUCACACUUCCUCGCACUCUCCGCAGAACAGCAUCGGCUCCCAACAGUCUGCCCAGCGUACCUCGUCCAAUGAUCAUCGGCCUAGCACCGGCAAUGGAACUGGUGGCGAUUCCAACUCCCCUGGACACACUGUGGGCCGCCAUGACAUCCGCGCCAGUGCUGAAAAGAUUCUUUACACCUACCUCCUCCCCGGCUCUGAGCGAGAGAUCAUUCUGCCAGAGACCAUGGUUUCCACGUGUAUCAACUUGAUUGAGGAUGACGGCCGUGACGACCCCGAGGUAUUCGACCCCGCAAAAGACUAUGUCUUCCAGGCCAUGGAGCGCGAUGCCUUCCCCGGAUUCUUGCAGGCCAAGGCUCUGGGUAACCUUGUGCCACUGAGCAUCCUUGCCCGCCUGGCUUUUGCUCUCAUCAGCUUUGGCGGAGGCUUCUGGGGUGCAUUCUACGUGGUCCUGCGCAACAAGCCUCGGGACAUCCGCUGCUGGGUCAUCCUUCCAUUCGCAGUUGCGGCGUACUUCAUUGUCUCAUAUCAGUACCGGAUUGACCCCGUCAUGGCAUUCCUCGGCUACAGCGAAUACACAUUCAUGAACUGGGGUUUGAUUCGCGAACCCUACGUCCGCAAGCUCUUGAACAAGCGCGCCCUGGUGACUGCUUUGGUCUCGUUCCUGACCGCUGCAGCUCUUAGCAUAUUGUUCAUUUUCGUGCCUGGAACUAUGCUCUAA